AUGGGUUUCUCAGAAGGUUGGAUCCGGAGUAUAUGGAUGCUAAUGUCCAAUGUGUGGUAUUCUAUUAAUAUUAAUGGAACCAGGCAUGGUUUUUUCAAAUCAAGCAGAGGAAUCAAGCAGGGAGAUCCAUUAUCUCCUUCUCUAUUUGUGUUGGAGGCUGAACUAUUAUCAGGGAUUAUGGAUAACCUAUUCAAUAUUGGUUGUAUUCCAUACUCCGUUGAUAAGAAGAGUCCCAGAAUCACUCACUUAUGCUAUGCUGAUGAUACUAUCUUAUUCUCUUCAUGUGAUCUUUUUUCUUUCCAUUUUGUGAUGAAUGAAUUACAUGAAUAUGAGAAGAUAUCUGAGCAAAUGGUGAACAAGAGGAAAUCUAGCUUUUAUGUUCCUUUUCAGGAAGAUGAUCAGAGGAUUACUGACAUUAAUAAAAUCACUGGUUUUCAAUGGUGUCAAUUUCCUAUGAAAUACCUUGGAUGUCCUAUAUACUUAGGGAGGAAAAAGGUGGUAUAUUUCAGUGAUAUGGUUGCUAAAGUGGCUAAUAGGAUGCAAGGAUGGCAGAGUAAAUUAUUAUCAUAUGGGGAUAAAGUUGUGCUUAUAAAAUCAAUACUACAAGCAUUACCUCUGCAUAUUCUUUUUGUGUUACAUCCUCCUAAGACAGUAUUGAACUAG